AUGACAGUUGAGACGUCUCGCGAAGAUACACACAACAACGACACAGUCAAUGGAAGGCUGCAUCACAGGACACCUUCUCCCACGGAACAGACUGAAAAACGAAGCCAGAGAUCAACCAAAGCAGAUAUGCCAAUACAAUUUAAAGUCAGACAGUUUUCGUCUUCACCGAAUAGCCGCAAUGAUUCAGAACAGAGUUCAAUCACACCAAAUGCAAAAGCGACUCCUAAGUCGAAAGGAUUGAAUGUGUUUGCCGUAUCGCCGCUUGGAGCUAGGAACACUCUGCAUAAUCAGUCAAACGUCAACACCACGCCACAGUCACUGACAUCAAUAAGAAGGCGCUCUUCGGUGCUAUCAAACAAUGCUCCUUUACCUUUACUAUCAGAGUCUGAUGAUGAAACUCCCUCUACAACCCAAAACAGGAAAUCACCCACUCCGAAUUGUGACAUAGCAUUACCGCUGAAUGAACAGCUUCUACAGAUGAGUAUCGAUGAUCAAUUGAGGAUACUAGCUCUAAAAGAAAUGGCAAUUGUACAGAUUAAGGACCAGAUUCAAAGCCUAAAUAGAAAAUUGCACACAGAGGAGGAUGAAUUGCAUAAGCUACGAGAAGUGGUUCAAAGAUCGUUGUACCAAGAAAUUAGUGGUGCUGCUAGUAACACUGCUAAUAAAGCAAACAGACAAAGAACCAACUCCAACCCCAGGGAUCAAGCUAUUGAAAGUAUCAGAGCCAAGAGGCGAUCAUCAUCCGGGACAGCAAUACAUUUAGAUCCGGAUCUGACUGAGGAUGGUGGUAAAUCGUCCAAACUAUGGAGUGGAUUGACCAAACCGUUCAAUAUGUUGCAACAAUUCGAUACAAUGAUUCAAAAUGAGUUCGAAAAGUCGUUAAUUUUAGACAAGGAAAGGCAGCAGCAGUCACAGCAGACACUGCAAAGACUGCAACAUUUGCAACGUCAGAGACCGAGAGAGCAAGCAAGAAACACGCAUCAGCUGCAUAAUUCGGAAGACUCAACUACAAGCAUUGGAUCGAUUUCGUCUCCCUUGCAAUCACGAACGGCGCAAACUUUGCCAGAUUAUAAGAAUAGUGAAGAUCGACAAUCAGAUGACAUGAUGCAAACUGUUUCAGCGUCAAUAUGGUCAUUUGUCAAUGACGUGAAACAAAAUGUCUUGUCGUCGUUGAAUGAAGAGGAGUUAGCGGUGAGUAAUGAUUUUGAGGUUGACGAUCGGACUAUUGAUUUUUCCAUGUACAAAAGAUAG